GUGCCCGUCGGUUGGGAAGUGAACCAAAUAUCGUGCGGACCGACGGGACUGGUUUGGGCGGUCGCGUGGGACGGAUCGGCAUUAGUCCGCUCGGGAGUCAAUAGGGAUACUAUUUAUGGGAAUGAAUGGAUUCGAGUGGAGGCGCCCAAUGAGUCCAAACUAAUGCAAGUGUCGGUCGGUGUCGACAGUGUUUGGGCCCUAACUAGAGAUGGAAAGGUAUGGUUUCGUAAAGGCAUUCGUGGACUCAAUUCGGGUCAUAACGAUAAUUGUGCGAUCGGUUCGGGUUGGGUUGAAAUGAUGCAAGAAAUGUCUCUAUUGUCGGUCACCUCUAAUGAUCAGGUUUGGGCCUUAAGUCCCGAUAAGAAGAGUCUUUAUUUCCGAACCGGUAUUUCAUUCGGAGAAUUGACGGGAAAGGCGUGGAAACUGAUGGCUCGACAACCGAUCAAUGUUUGCAAUCAAAGAAAUGCCAUUAAAGCCAUUGAACAACAAUUGGACUCAAUUAGCAUAUCAUCGCAAGACUCGCUAUUUUCAUCAAAUAUCGCAGAUUCCGAAACUCAGGCCUGGAUUUGGAUCUCAGCCGCGAGUUGUGCUCUCAAUACCGACGCAUAUCUUCAGAUCUCUUGCCCAUCGCAAGAGUCGCAAACAUCACUCGAUGUCUUAACUCUUAGGGAACAAAGUAUUUCUUCAGACGAGUGCGACUGGAAGUCAACGAUUAUAACGCAACUCAACAGAAGAUACGAAAUAGAAAUGAAGGAUUUUAUGCCGUUAUAUCAGAAAGCGAUUGAAUCGGGUGUUUGGGUAAAGACCGGCACAUGUAUUGUCGGCAAUAUAGACAAGACGAGUACCGUUUGGUCUCCGGGUUUACUCGAACUCCAAAGACAUGGCGUCGAGAAGACCACCGAAAGCGGAACUCUAACCAUAACGUACUCUAAUUCAUCUCAAAAGACAAAAGUGAAUCGAAAAAUGUUAAAUUUGGCCGAAAUUAGUUGUGCUUUCAUUGAUUCGUCGGAGCACUCAAUGUAUUCAAUAAGCAAUUGUUUAGUGAUUUGUGGCAAUAGUUUUGUAACGAAACUAAAAUUUCAAACGGACACAGAAUUAAAUGAUUGGUUGGCAACCAUUAAUCUGGUUUGCGGUGAUCUUCAUGGUAUCAACGGUACCACUGCUAUGUCUGGAGCCCUUCUCUACUGUUUAACGCAAAAAGGCGAUCUAUAUGUUGGCCAUCAGUUGAGUUCGGACAACGUUUUCUACUACCUCUUCAGUGGCGGUCACUUUAAAUCGGUGACCACUUGUUUAGCUAUUUCGUGGGCCAUCUCUUACGACAGUGUGCUUUGGGUUUAUAAUAACGGGACCGGAGGUGGCGUUUAUAAUGACUUGACUGGCGUUACCAGUAAUUGCAACCCAAUGUCUGAUACCAUGUCUUUCUGUUGUUACGAAAACCAACGAUGGAAUCCAUUGAGUGGUUUUGCGCCAAAAGGAUUGCCAACCGAUCGGUAUAUGUGGAGCGAUGAGACGGGUAAACACGAACUCAUUAAGGAUAAUAUUAAACUCCCGUCCAAACAAUGGCAAUGGCUUAACGAUUGGAGUAUUGAUUACUCAACACCUGACGGCGUGGACUCCGAUGGCUGGCAAUACUCCAUAGAUUUCCCUUUUGAUUAUCAUUCCGACCGAAAGUUUACAGACUAUGUCCGCAGAAGACGAUGGUUUAGAAAAUGCAGACUAACGACAACCGGUCCGUGGAGUGCCAUCACCAGCACCUCUAUAAUCAGUUCAUCCAUUUAUUGUUCCAAACUUAAUACACAAUCCAACGAAGAAGUGAUACUCAAUUGUUGGGCCAUUUCAGGCGAUGGCCACUCGUUGUGUCGAUUGGGAGUCACUCCGCAGUGUCCUCGGGGUCUCUCUUGGGAACACGUGUCGUGCGAACAACCAUUCAUUUACAUAAGUGUCGGCGGAAACGAUAAUUUUAUACAAGUUUGGGCGACAGCGAGAGAUGGGUCCGCUUUCUUAAGACACGGUAUCAGUCGUACAUGUCCUGCGGGAACCGUUUGGUUUCACAUCGAAUCGCCGCGACCUAAGUGUCCGCUCAAACAGGUUUGCGUCGGAAAGACCAGUGUUUGGGCCGUCGAUGAGAAGCACAGGCUAUGGUUUAGGGAAGAAAUCGUCGCAACAUUUCCAGAGGGGACUCACUGGAAGAAAGUGGACGACUGUGUCCUCAAAAUAUGUGUUAAUAAUUAUAACGAUUUGUGGGCUAUUGUCGGCACUCAACACAACGACUCGAUUGCCUAUAAAGUGGCCAAAAGAAUGGGUGUUUCCGAUGAACUCAGAGUCGGAACCGAUUGGCAAACGUUUAAUAAACAUUUGGAUUGUUUUCAAUUUAUUAGUUCCGCAAAUAAUAGCUAUUGUGACACCAAAUUGUGA